UGGGAAAGGGCGAGAGAAGCCGCACUGACUCUCUCUCUCUCUCACACUGGGCGAGGGUUGAGCCACACCUCACAGCGCAGGGCAGGGCAGGAUCCGGCCGAGGAACAAGGAAUGGCCUCUCUUCGUAUUUGUUGAUAUUUCUGUUGAGACGACCUUGACUUUCAGCCGUUUGGAGCCGGAGCCGCCGGUGAAGGCAGGUUUCGAUCCAGGUGUGAAGGGGAAAUUUGAUGUUCCAGGGAACUGCCUACCCUAACGUUGACAUUCACCAAUUGUGGACCUCCGCCCACAUUGAAAGCAGCCCCCCUUACUUCAGUGUGGGUAGAGGGGGGUAAACCUCGUGGUCAACCUCUGCCUCCUGGACCUAUUUCUUGUGAGAAAAGACUCACCGGGUCAUCUGAUUUUGUUUGGAGGAAUCUUUUGGCGAAAUGAGCGAAUUUUGGUUGUGUUUUGGCUGUUCGGAAGUGGAGAAGGCCCAGCCGAAAAAGCGGAAACGGAUCGACAGAAGCAUGAUUGGUGAGCCCAUGAACUUUGUACAUUUGACACACGUUGGUUCAGGAGAUAUGGCAAGCCAAGGAUUUUCAAAGUCGGGAACUGUUCAGGAACGGAUGAAGUCCAAAAGUGGACUAGUCACAAAUUCUGCUACCGACACAAAACGACCGUAGCAAAGUCCAAGGUGUCAUUGCGGCAAGUAAUGACCUUCUAAUGGAUCGAGAUGAACUUCCUUGACUGCUCCUAGAACUUAUGACCUCUUACAAGAAGCUGCCUUCUGAUGGUUUGGACUAAUUUAUACUUGGGACAUCUGUUUUUCAUCCUGCUCAAGAAAUCAGCACUGAUGGUUCUUUGUCCUUUUGAACUUAAAUGCUACAAUUUUCUAAACAAGGAAGGGACAUUGAUCUGCUGAAUCUCUUCGAAUGCUUUCCAGAAAUUUUCUAAAUCUGUUUCUUUAUAUUUCUCCUUGGACUCCAGGUCAUGUUGCUAGAUAUGCUGUAUAUUGAAAGUGUAAAACAGUAUUUUGUUGGAUGAUUUUUGCCUGAGGAUGGAGAGAGUUUCUGCUGCUUAAAGUAAAUACUAACUAAAUUGGGAUAGUGGUAUUGUUGGUGAGGUUGGGUGGGUGGGGGGUACAUUAGAUCGGGGUUGAUGACCUAGAAGCUUAAAAAAUGUUUGAACCAAUUUAAUAAUUGAAAACUUGCUUACAUUUGGAAACUUCUGGAAAUGUUCCCAUUGGAAAAACAGAUGGCUCCCAAUGAUAUCCUCGUCACUCUGAUGCAAAUUCGACCAAAUUAAGCAGAAGGAUCUUGCUAACUGCAAUUUCUCCACAGAGAAAUUUCUCAAACUAUCAGCCUUGCAUUAUGACUCCAGUAUCUGUCAUAAGUUCCUAAUGGGGGAAAAAAAGCUAAGUGUUCCUUAUAUUUCUAGUUUUCAAGAGAACAUCUACUGGUGAUUUUUGCAUACAAGCACUUUGCGCUUUCAAAGCUGAGGUGGAGGGAGGAAGAAAUAUAGUUAGAUUUUCAGCAUUCAGAUUUGCACUUUUCUGGUGGUGUGGAAAGUGCAUCACAAUCACAUCUAGUUGUUUCCAUGAAGGUCAGAUUUAUUGCAGAGCAAAGAUGCUGAUCCUGGCCAAAGUUAGCCUCGGGACAUCUCCCUUCAGGAUGAACGAGGAAGAAAGAAAUCCAGUUCUGAUUGCUAUGGAGGGGGGCUGCUUAUCUACCAACGAUCUUGAACAGUGAAUGUCCUGAUAUGAUAGCUUAUGUGUUGUCUUGCAUGUAAAAUGAUUGUUGGGUAAAAGUCACAAGUUGCAAGCAUAUGUGUUUUCAGUCAAUCAAUUUCACAGGGCAUCAAACAAUUCUCCACAUGUGGUUGGACAUUUUGGCAAGAGUGAUUUGCAUACAUUUGUACAAUAAUGUCUAAUGCAGAUCAGCAAUAGUUUUUUUUGCAACAUGACCAUAUUUCCCUUUCCCAUCUAAUAUAGCGCACACCUGUGCUGAUUGCACAGUUACAAUGCAGGCUUAGGCCAAAGACUAUUGGUCAAACCAUGGCACUUUCUGAAAACAUGUUCAUUAUCCACUUUUCUCAUCCAUGGUUAACUACAGGGCAUUUUCUAUUGGUUUACAAAGCAUUUUCUCUUGCCUUAUAGAACCUCCCAAUUGAUAUUCUGCAGCUAGUAAUCCACCAUUUUAGCAAUGAGUACAUGGGAAUUAAUUUUAAUAAGAAAUAUUUUGCAUUAUUUUCACAUGAAAUCCUCAUGAACUGUUGUUUCCUUUGGUUCCAGUGCAGUUCCUAUCAAUCAGAGUUCUUGAUUUAUUUUUGCAAUGCUUGACAAACUCUUUGAUCUGUGUCUCACAGCCCAACAGGUUUGCAGAAACUGGGAUAAACUGAUUUAAUAAAUAGGAUUUGCAAUCAAUUAAGCAGCCCAACGGAUCCAUCCUGAUCUUUGUGCUCUUUAUCAGUUUUUUUCUCACCCUAAUCUAAUCAAUUUAUUCUGUUGGCAAUUUCUUCUAUAAUUCUUCCUCCUGCAUUAAUGAAAACUGUUUGCACAUGCAAAUUGCAGAGUAAGACUUUAAAGUCUUGAAACCCACAUCCCUCCACUCCACCAUCGUCUCUUUGUACCAGAGAGCAAUGUUAUUUUCCAGUAACAGCAUUCCAAUCAGUAACUUGGUUAGAACAGUCCUACAUUUCAAACCCAAUGUGGCAGAAAACAAUUUUAGCAUUUACUGUAUUGAUGAAACUUGUUUAAAAUGCAUAUGAUUGUUGGAUUAUAAAUUGGGAUGCUUCAUUCUGUCAAGAACUAUAGAACUGUAUGUUAGGAAUGUUUCCAAGACUAACUGAAGAACCUUCAUUUCUGGUUCAAUCUGACCUCAAAUCAUUACCAGUACACUUAAGGUGACCCUUAUCUAAUAGUCUUGUUUUUGUUACUGUCUCAAUUAAUGACACAAAAUAGAGUAUUGAUUAUGCAGCUUAAGUAGUAGCUAGCUAAAUGUGCACCCCCACAGGACUGCUUUGCUACAGAAUAGCUUCCCAAGUUAUUUUAACCCUAGUACUGUAAUCAUGAAUGUUGGAUGUGUUCUGUUUCUGAACUAUAUGCUUACUCUCUUCCUCAUACAUUCUCAUGGUGUUGAAAAAUAGAUUUGGCUUGUUUCCAGGUGAACAUCAAACUCCAGGGUUAUUUGUAUCAAAUUUAUUAGGUCUAAAAUGAUGGAAAAAUUAGUUUGAGAAAAUUUAAUCUAUCUCUGUGCCAGAACUAAUUGAUAGACAAAUGAGCCGUGACCACAGUUAAUGAGUUUGGCGAUACCCAAAGAUGUUGUGCGAUUGAUGGUUGUUCAACCACACAUUUUAUGAUUAAAAGAGUUUGCAAAAUAUCUCAAUCUGUUCAAGAUCACAAGAUAAAGUUAUUCAACCCAUCUUGAUCAAUUGUGGAAUCCAACCAUCCUGUACAUUUGGUCACAAUAUUUCCUGCUACUGGAGAAGGCCUUGCUAUGCACUUACAAGUAAGCAUAUUGUAUCACUAUUCCUGCUAUUAUCAGGAUCCCAGCCACCUGCAACUUUACUGGAAUUGAAGUACAAAAACAUGCUAGUUCUGUGCAGAUGAGAUUGAGUUGCCAAUGUGGGGUUGGUGCUUUGAAAUCUCCAUUUCGCACUGCAUGCUGAGUAGAUUGGCUACUGUUGGUAAUAAAGGAUGAUUACUCUUUGGAUAGACUCUGCCUUUGUCAUAUAGUGCUGAAUGGUAUCUGUGCAAUUCGGCAAGGGUGAGUGCUGACUUUGUCCCUGAUCUCUUUUCACUGGUGUACAUGGAAAGAGCACGCUAUUUGUAUUUUUUUAAUGUACAUUUUGUAAUAUUUUGUUUCACCAAGUUUCUGGUUCCUGGCAGUUGAUCUUUCCAGGAAUUGGGCUGCCCUCCUGUGGACACUCAGGCAUGUGCUUUGCCAUAAGGAGGAGAGGGGGUUGGAUUGAGCUAAACCAAGUCCUAUUUCUCAAUCACUGCCUCGCCCAAACACUUAUCAGGAAUCAUUGGAUAAUGAUCAGAAAGACCAGUGAUCUGACUCUCUUUUUGAUUUUCCUUCAAGAUGUGCCAAGUUAGCUCCCUUGCAAUCAUCCCUGACUGUUUUAACACAAACUGGAAAUGUAACCUGGGUCAGUUACAGGCUAUUUUUCUCCCAAUGAAUCACCAAGGAGAAGCUGUCUGCCUAUUACUUAAAUGGAAAACCUGGUCUACGCACUUCCUUAUGCUGGGGAAACUGGCAGAUACUCAAAUAAUGGGACAAAGUACUGAAGCUACCUAAACCAAACUGUUGGGAGGUGGGCUAGUUUGGACUAUAUUCUAUUGAUACUGGCUUUACUAUUUUGACCAACUAAAACAAUUAUGUCACUUCUCAAGUUUGUAUGUUGUUGACAGCUGGGCUGCUCUAAUUAAAAAACAAACAGCAAAAUCAUUUUUUGUGUACACUGACAAAUAGCUGGGCUAUUUCUUGUCUGUGACUAGUAGUCUAAUUUCUUGGCCCAAUCAUCAAUGAUAAAAGCAUAAGAUAUCAAUGAUACAUUUUUAUAUAUAUGGUAAUUGCCUAAAUACAAAGGUCUCUUUAGUUUAGAACUGCCAACGGGAUUGAAUUCUACACUGUUAUUGCUGAUGCUAUAUAGAUAGCAGGGAAAUCUGAUUGAAAAAUUGCCUUUAAAAUGCUUGGCGAGUAUGAAAUAGCUGGUGUUCAACCGAAUAAUAGAUUAAUUACCGGAUCACUUUAAGAUGAAAGUGUAGAAAAUGUCACUUGAAAUAAAUGUUGAUUAUUUCUGAGCUUGCAAGUGGACUUGCUGUAUUACACAUUACAGUUUUAAUCUUUCUUAUUUAGCUGUAACUAUAUCACAACCUUUUUCUGUCCUAUUGAAUGUGAUGUGGUGAAAUUGCUUUUUGUAAAUAUUGCCACCAUUGUAUGAAUGCAAGCCAUAUCUUGAUACUCACUGAUGGUCCACAUUAUCAGGAAAUCUUUUCUCUCGGUGUUCUGUGAAAUAAGAUAAGGAUGAUUUUAUAAAGUUCUUUCCAAAGGG